AAGCCGGACACUCACGCACUUCCUUAAUUAAUCUGGCAGCAGCACUAAUUUAUUUUCAUUUUCAUCUUCAUCUUCAAUGGCCACCAACGAUCACCUGCUGCUUUCGAUUCCCGCCUCGACCAUCUCGUAUCGCUUGGAGUUACGGAGAUCGGGAGCAGCUUCUAAAAUGCUUCCAGGACAGAUUGGGGAAUUUUUUAUCGGGUGUUCAGUCCCUAAUCUAGGGUUUUCGUUGAGAAAGCCGUUGAAACCAUCGAGUACAAAUGUAGCAAGAGAGAGCAGUUCCGAGGAGCAGAGCUUGUGCCAUACAGUUGAUGCUUUUAUCUAUAUAUAUGCCUCCUAUGAGAUUGAUUGGAUUUUGAGAUCUGAGUGGUAAUGAAAAUUUCAUUUGCAGGGGAGGAGGUUUCCGAGGAUGGCCAUUUUCAGCUUGAAGGUGUGCCGCAGGGAAUGAAGACAGAAGCUGCCGCCGGACCAAAUACACCGCGGGCUGAGAUCCAGAACGAAGAAGGUCAAGAGGAGUACGUUUCCGAGGAUAACUAUGUUGGAGGUGAGUUCCGAGGAUAACUAUGUUGGAGGUGAGUUCCGAGGAAAGAAGAGGAAAGCAGCCGUGACAGCCGGCAAACUGCAGGCGGUUGGAUCUGGGAUCCUGAACAAAAAUGCUCAUGGUGAGUUUCUGAGAGCUGAGAAUCAUAUGCUGAGGCUGCAGCUUGUUCGCAAGACGAAAGAGCUUGAGGCUGAACAGAUUUGGAGGCUCGAACUAGAAUUGCAUUUUAUGAAAAAGGAGAACGACUUUCUGAAGAGGCAGCUUGAAGAGUUUAAAGCUGAGAAUGAGUUCUAUAAGAAGACCGCAAAGCCACAAAAAACCCGAAGGCUGUGCAGGUUCUGCAAGGAAUAUGCCGACCACGACUACCGCAACUGCCCCCAGAGACGCGCUUCCGCUUGUUCUGAAGAAGACGAUGGCUCCAACUAACAUCCUGUAAAGUUAUGCUGUGUAGUACCUACACACUAGUAGUAGGAUUUAGUUCUAUAGAAUCUGCUCGUGUGGCAGUGUGCAAGCCUUAUGUUGAUUUUAGGGAUGCUCUUGCAGUUAUAUUAGCUCUAGUGGCAGCUAGUUACCACGUAUCUUAGAAACAGGUUUGCUGCAGAACAUGAAAUGUCUCCUCUGAUGUUUAUGUGAACUUGAACUUGAAGGUCUAGCCUGAUUAGUAUUGAAUCUUAUGGGAAACAAAUUACUAGCAAA